GGGGUGGGACAGACCCGUAUACUAUUUAAAAAUCUGCAAUCUUUCCUUUAAAUCAGGGACACAGAGAAGAACCAAAGUGUUCUUACAUAAUAGGAGAGGACUUGCUGGGGAGCAGUCGUUUGUGAAGGCGUCAGAAAGCGGAAGCAAGAAAGACGUCGGUGGUUCUACCUCUGCGGUUUAUCGCCGCAGAUUUGAGCCGAGAUGAGAUAGGCUACAGCUUGUCGCUAUUUGUCCUUCUGUCAAGACUCAGCCAGCUGCCAGUUUCUCUUCAUUUUCACUUCUUCAGUACUUCUUUUUUAGAAGUGCGCGUAGCUGUGGUUUUCAACUUUAAUUCGAGAGGUGAAAAAAAGGACGCACUUUUCUCAGAAACCGCGGCUGAUCGACAUAAACGGCAAAGGAUGUGAGUUGUGGAACGAUCUGCAUUAGAGCCGUUUAGACGAGAAGAAAACCGGGCGGUAAAAAAAAAAUAAAAAUAAAAAUGAAGCUGCUUGCAUGUUAAACCUGUUUUCAACUUUUCGUUGAAAUACUUGAACCAGCGGAAAACACUUUGAUAUGGGAGACGUGAGGCGUUUGCAUCUGUCAAGUUAAAACUCAAGCAGAAAACAGAGAUGGGAAGCUCUGCUCUGCUCACAGGGUUGAUAGCUGGAUUGUUUUUGUGGAUUUCUGUUGCACAUGCAGACACCACAGAUGAUGGGGCGCUGCUGUGUACAUGCAUUAAUGACAAAGGCACAUGUAAGAAUGGAACGUGCAGAGGAGACUACUGUUUUUAUACGUUGGUGAACGACCUUGAGGAGCGGGGCUGUUUCACUAAUAACCACAGAGAGCAGUGCUACACCUCCUUUAAGGGCUUCUUUGUCCAGUGCUGCAAAGAGGAGAAGUGCAACACCUUCAUUACACCACCUUCAGUCAUAACUGGGACGCCGACAACAACGUCCCCAGAAGCCCAUCGUCCAGAGCUGUGGAUCACUGUGUCCUUGCUGUUCUUAUUUGUUACUACCUGUGCCUGUGGCCUGAUGUUACUCCUGCGCUUCCGACGCACAGCCUGCAGACAGCGAGAUCCUGAAAGCCAUGAUGUCAAAAUACUCAAAGUCCCCAGUGGAGAUGACCCCACAUAUGGCAAUAUCUAUGAUGAGUUUUGUACAUCUGGGAGUGGGACAGGGCUUCCAUAUCUGGUCCAAAGAACUAUGGCCAGACAAAUCUCACUUGUGGAGUGUGUCGGCAAAGGCAGGUAUGGAGAGGUCUGGAGGGGAACGUGGAUGGGGGAGAGUGUAGCUGUCAAGAUUUUCUCCUCUAGGGAUGAGCACUCCUGGUUUAGAGAGACAGAGAUCUACAAUACUGUACAGCUACGACACGAUAACAUACUGGGUUUCAUAGCCUCCGACAUGACAUCCAAGAAUUCCAGUACCCAGCUGUGGCUCGUCACCCACUAUCACGAGCUUGGCUCGCUCUACGAUUUCUUGCAGUACAGCAGCUUGGACCCGGAGAGCUGCUUGAGGAUGUGCCUGUCUGUGGCCUGCGGCCUGGUCCACCUCCACACUGAGAUCGUUAGCUCCCAGGAAAAGCCAGCUAUUGCCCACAGAGACCUGAAAAGCCGAAACAUCCUGGUAAAACGCAACGGACAGUGCUGCAUCGCUGAUCUCGGAUUAGCUGUCAUACACUCCCAGUCCCAUGACUACCUCGAUGUGGGCAAUAACCCUCGUGUGGGGACCAAGCGCUACAUGGCCCCUGAGGUGCUGGAUGAAACUAUCCGCGUGGAUGUUUUUGAGUCCUAUAAGCAAACUGACAUCUGGGCUCUUGGGCUGGUCUUCUGGGAAAUUACCCGCAGGACUGCUGUCAAUGGCAUUGUGGAAGAUUACCGUCCACCCUUCUUUGACCUGGUGCCCUCAGAUCCCAGCUUUGAGGAGAUGAAGAAGGUGGUGUGUGUGGACCAGCAGAGGCCCAGUCUGCACAACAGACUCCAUUCACACCCUAUAUUGUCAGCCAUUGUAAAGAUCAUGAAGGAGUGCUGGUACCAGAACCCAACAGCCCGCCUCACAGCAUUGCGAAUAAGGAAGACUCUCUCCAAACUGGAUCACGACAGUGACUUCAGCAUUGAAAAACUCAAGCGGGACGUGUAGACUAGAACACUGAGAUGAAACGGGGACACCAGACUGAAAAUACCAGAAGAGAUUUUGCACCACAUUACAGCAAAUCAAAGGCAUAUCAUUAUCAUAUUCUGAACUAAUCACUGACACAGUAACCAUUAAAACAUAUGGCUUUGUGUAGCAGCAUCUCGAGUCUCUUGCACCAAAUGUUAUACUUUUUGCAUAAGCAAAUUUUCAUUGAUUCUUCGUACCUCUGAAUGAGGGGCCUGUGUUUAUAUUUAUUGCCUUCAGCUAGUAAAAGUUUAGGUCAAAUAUUUCUAGUUAUCACACACUCAGGCUUUUACUCAUUGUCUAAUUCUCUCAUUGUUGUGACAGAAUGGAAAAGCAUUCUUUUAGGUAUAAUGUGAACUUUCACAGAAUGACCAAUGCGCCUUAAAUCCAUCCAUCCAACCUCUUCCGCUUAUCCUGUGCAGGGUCGCGGGUGCGCCUUAAAACCACUAAUAAAAUACAGGAAAUAUUUAAGUAUUUACACACUCAAGGUAAGUACAUUACCUGCCCUGCAAGUAUAUUUAACUUAACUAUACAUUUGUUAUCUACACAUAAAAAAUAUUGAGUUAUUUAGCUGUAAAUACUUUUACAUUUGAAUUUUACAGUUGAAUUUUAUGUCUUCUAUCACCAUUGUAUUGUAAAUAUAUUUCAGGAGAGAUAUUGUUUUUUAUUAUUCAACAGUAAGACUAUGUUAAUGUUACUUUUUAAUCACACAACUUUAAAAAAAAAAUUAAUACAUUUUUGUAAGCCUGAACUGUACCACCACAAUCACUAUGAUCAGUAAAGGAAUUCACAUACAUGUAAUAAAGUAUUUCUUGAAUAAAGGAUUGUAUUUUUCAAA